AUGUCUUUAGCAGCUUGUGGAUACGUCAGCGACGGUCGGAGCGCGUCGAGCGCGGCAAACUCAGCCGCACCCUCAAACAUAGCGCGGCUAAACAGGCCGUCAGCCCACGAGGCGGGCCCGUCCCUGGGUUCCAACUUUUUCCGGGGUGUCGCCAUUCCUCGUGACGACCCGGCCGCGGCGCACGUGGGCGGCUCCUUCGCCUUCGCGCUCAUAUACUACACUGGCUGCAGCUGCGGGGGCCUCUUCCCGGACGCGGUGCCGACCUCGUGCGAGUACGAGCCGCUGAAGCAGCAGGUGCGGAUGCUCCGCUUCAUUAAAGGCCUCAACGCAUCCUGGGGCAGGAUCGCGCCGCUCUCGCCCAUCACAGGGCCGUGGGCGGCGCGGAACCGCGACUGGACGGAGGACGACUGGGAGUGA